AUGUCUUCGCCGCGUGGAACAUCCGCGGGGUAUCCAACGGCAAAUACCCCCAGUCCUCAGUCCGUGGACCAGGGCAACCCUCUGGCCCGCGAUCUCUUUAUGAGAUUGAUGAGACCAGCGGCUCAAUUGAUGAUCUCUCCCAGUGAUCCGGCCCUAACACCUGCCCAACAAGCCGCCAAACACCGCGAGGAGCUCUUCAGCCAUGUCCCCCACGAUGUCCGGAAAGCCAAGCACAGCGUCAGGACUCUACAGCAUGCUUUGGCUGACCCUAACCAAACCUCGACCUCUCCACCUGCCUGGCUCAAGGAUGUGGAUUCAAAGUUCCUCUCAGAGAGAUGGCCGCAAAUUCAAGAUCACCGUCAAGCAAUCGCAACCGCCGCGCAGAAGCAGUCCCGCCUCCGACAACUUGAGCUCGAACUUCAGACCCAAGAAGCAAGAGCCGUGAUGGACAAACUGAAAGAGCGUGGGGCAUUAAAGAAGGAGAUCUGCUUGUCUUACACUGAUAUGGCCGAUCGAAUCUUUGCCGAGGAUGACCCGGACUUGUGGGGAAUACUGCUUGAGAUGUACAAACAGGAGGUUGGAGAAGAUCUGCUGGAGCCUCACACCCCACCAGACCCGCCUGGAUUUUCUGCUUUCCUCGAUGAAUUGCUAUCCUAA